AUGUGCUGUGCAAAGGUUGUUUAAUCAGUUAAAGCGACUCCUACUUCGACAACAGUAACUAAUACAACCAGUUACUAAUGUCUUCCUUUGGAAUAUGUUGCUUAGGUUGGAACCUACAUACUAUCUACAACAACCAACUACUCUUACUCCUGUGUAACAACAAAGGCUGAGCCAACUUAUUGCACAUCUGCUUCAGAUACUGCUUGUAGUUCAGACACAUAAUGUUGUGCAGCAAGAGGAGCUGCUGUCUCAACAGGUUCAGUUAUAGCUUUUAAUUCAAAUGUCUGUUACACAAAGACUAACACAUACAGUUGGACUAUCAAUCAGCUUUCUACGUCUGCUCCAAAUAUUACAUAUGCUAGAAAUUGUUUACAAGCAGUGUCCAGCUCAACGAAUGGAAUUCAACUAAUAUAUAGUGCUAUUUUUGGAAUUAUUUCUAUUGCUAGCUUUUAUGUUUUAUGA